CUCCACACCGCCGCCACGGCCUGCACCGAGAGCGGCGGGUACACGACCGGCCUCCAAAACUCGCCCCUGCCCUCGCCCGACGUCCAGCCAUCCAACGAGCCCCGCCCAAAACGUCCCCGUAUAGACUCUGUCCCAGCCUCCCCCGCCUCCUCCUCCUCCUCUUCCGCCCACCCGUCCCUCCUCCCCUCGAAGCCCGCAUGGCAGUGGGCCCGCACGCCGACCGGGAGCCGCCUGACCGCACAGGUCCCGCCCCAUGGCACCCGCGCACACCUUCCCCUCGCGAAAGGCCCUCCGAAUGCGGUCCCGAGGCUGGUGAUCCCCAUUGAUCCCUCCUCGCCCCAUAUACCCAUCCGCACCCCGCCCAUCAACAAGGAGACGUUGAAGGAGCUCGAUCUCGACGCCAUCAUGCGAAACCCCCAGCUCCGUCCGUUCCUCUCUCUUUCCCUUCAUUGAAUUUAAUCCCACUAACCUCCUAUCCUGCUAAUGAUAUCCCAGGGCACGACUUCCUCUUCGACUCCGGCCUCCAAUUCCGCGCCGCCGCCUCCCGCCGUAAACGCGAACAAGCAGAAACCUACUGGCGCGCCGUCCUCCUCGAACUCGACUCGAACUGCACCUGCGUCUCCUUCGACCUCUCCGGUCGCCCGCACUCCGCCGUCUGCGUCUGUAAGAGACUGCCACUGCCCCCGCAGGACCCGGUGAUCGCGUAUCUGCCGGGACGCCACAGGUUGACGUUGCGCAUGCCGUCAAGGGUGAAGCCGUUGUUGCAUGAGUUGUUGCAGGUUUUGUUGUCGAUUAUAAGGCCGCAGACUGCUGCUCCGUCCUCCUCCUCCUCGAAUAGCAGCAGCAGCAGUGGAAGCAGUGGAAGCAGCACCCAGUCGUCCAGUUCGAGCUCGAGCAACAACCCCCAACGAAUGCGCCAACUCCACGAACAAGCCCAACGCCUCCGCGCCGUCCUCGACGCAGACCUGAUCGACCAAGAGCUCCGACAUGGCUUGUACGACCCCUCGGGCUCCUUCCGCGUCAUCGGCGACGUCCUCAAGGCGCACUGUGCCCCCAUGCGCGACCAGGCGGUAGACGCCAUGGUUGCGCUCGCGGGGAAGUGUGCGCCUGGCGGGGGAGGGACGAAUAAGGAUGCGGUGUGCGCGAUGAGGAAGUGUUUUGAGAUAUUGGAGUUGAUGAAGUUGGAUAUCGCGAAUCACCAGAUGCAAACCCUGCGUAAUUACAUCAUCCAAUCAUCCCCCACCUUCGAGCUCAAGACGUUCACUGAGCGGCACCAGCAGUUAUCUUCCCCCUCUCCAUUAUCCUCCUCAUCUCCAUUAUCCUCCUCCUCGUCUCCAUUGUCCUCCUUCUCCUUCUCCUCGUCCCUGUCCUCCUCCUCAGCCACCACCCACCCCACCCACUCCACCCACCCCGCCACCCCCUCCCUCCUCCUGCGCACGACGACACCCUGGCUCAUGAACGCACACCACUCCCUCCUGCGAUCGAACUACAUGGUUCCGUUCCCGUCUACCUCGCCCUCUGCGUCCAACACCACCACCACCUCCACAUUCAACGCCUCCACCUUUAACUCCUCCUCCUCCUCCUCCUCCUCCUCCUCCUCCACCGCCUUCAAAUCGAAUUCGCAAUCCGGCCCCAAAGCUAAAUCCGAAUCCGAAUCCCCCUCCAUAGCUAAAUCCCUCCCCUACCCCACCCUCGGCAAACGCACCUCCAUCAUCAUCUCGACCCUGAAAGCGCUAGUCGAUAUCAUAUUCGACCCGCCGUCGCCUGUGCCGUUGUGUGCGAUGCCGGUUACUACUACGGUUCCGGCUAGUCGGGUUGGGAGGGGGGGUGCGGGUGCGGGUGCGAACUCGAACGUUAACGCGAGUUUGAAUGUGAAUGGGAACGGGAACGGGGCGAACGUGAGCGCGGUGAACGGGAAUGCGAACGGGGGUGUCAAUGGUAGUGGGAAUCGGAAUGUAGAUGGGAGCACAAAGGGCAGUGGCACCGAAAGCCGAAUAGACAUCCACAACAUAAUCCAACAAGUCAAAGGCUACCCCGAAACCCUCUUCCUCGACCAUUCCCGCCUCGUCCUCCUCACGCGCGACGCGGCUGACUUGAGCGCGGUGUAUAUGUUCUUGAUGCUUUAUCGGCAGUUGAUGUUCGUUUCUCCACCUCAACCACCCUCACCGCCACCCCAUUCUCUCCCACCUCCAACUUCUGCACCAUCUUCCAACCCUUCUUCCGCACCUCAUCCGACGGCGGCAGCGGCGGCGUUUAACACGAAUGCGACAGCCGGUGCAGCAGCCAGCGCGCAGAGGCGCGAGAUCAUAAUUCCCGAAUCUGAUCUGAGGAAUCUUAAAACGGAGAUCUGGGAAUUGGGCCCGCAGAAUGUGGGGCGGUGUUUUUUGCCGGUCCAAGAGGCGUCAUCGGCGGGUUCUACAUCGGCAUCGAGGAAAACGCAGGAUUCGUCUGUAACGGGGAGGCAGACACAGGGAGAAAACGCUCGGACGCAGAUAGUAGGGAUCCAGAAAGAUGGGGAAGGUACGAGGAAGGAAGCAUCCACGUCGACGUCGAGAACGGAAAAAGAAGAGGAACAUGCCAGGAAGGAAAAAGAGAGGUGGAGUGCGGGGGUUAGGGCUGUGGUUUUGCAGGUUACGGCGCGGGCGAGCGAGGCGAGGAGGGGGAUGUGGGUUGGGUCUGCGUCCUCUGCGUCGUCGUCCUCUUCCUCCUUCUCCUCUAGCUCUACGUUCCUCUCGGGCUCGAACUCGAAUUCAGGCUCGGCAGAUACUAGCGCGACCCGAGCGACAGAUAGCAGCUCAACGGAUACCACCCGCCCCACCCGCGCCCCCGAACCCCACCUCCUAAAGAUCGCAGAAAGCUGGGCGGAUACUCAUCUUUGCAGGACCAGCCCGGUCGGGAGGCUCAUGCGGAAUCGAUUGAGGGACGCUGUUUUUGAUAAGGUGGUGGAGAUGGUGAUGAAGAGGGGGGGUGUGUCGCCUGGGUCUUCUUCGUCUGCUGCGAGUUUCAAUGAGGGUUCGAAUGAGGAGAGGACGGAGGAGAGGGUGGGACAGCAGAAGGAGAGGAAGGAGCAGACGGGGACAGGGACAGGUCUGGAGCCGCUAGCGUCGGAGAUCCGACAGUUAGUCGAGAGGCUCGCGAAGCUGGCGGUGCUGCAUCUGAAUGUGUAUCAGACGGUUUAUGAGCAGAAUUGUGUGAUGGUAAGGGAGGGGGAUGAGGAUGGGGAUGGGGAUGGGGAUGGGGAUGAGGCGAUGGUUUGAUUUUGGUUCGAGGUUUUGGCUUUGGAUUCCGAUUCCUAUUCCUAUUCAAAUAUUCACCCCCUCCCCCCACUCCGCUUCUGGGCAUCCAUACGUAUCGCGUUUUCGUCAUUAAUCCCGACCCCGACCUCGAGCCCUUUCAUUCCGCCCGUUCAGGUUUCCUUCGUCUUAUUCGUAUGAGACUGCUCCCCGUCUCGCUCGACCCUUUGAAACUUUGUUUAUUUGCUCACUGUUCGCUGUUCACUGUUCGCCGUUUGCUGCACACCACACCAUCUAAACACACAGACACAGACACACAGAUACACACGCUCCUUAAAGUUAUACGCUCUCUCUCUCUCUCUGCUUUUUGUUCUCGUCUCCUCCCGUUCUCGUAUUGGCCUGGUUCGGGUCAUUCACCCAGUCGCUUUUCUUUCUCAUCUUCUUAUUCCUUUCCUUUCUUUCCUUUCCUUUCCCUCCGUCCGCUCUCUCGUCUCUCGUAUCUUUUCCGUCGAUCUGCAGGGUUCUCGAUCUCGAUCUCGUUCGUCGUUUGUAUUAUAUUUCACACCUCACACCUCACACUGUCUAUCCCCCGUCCUUCCAUACUUUCCCGUCUUUCCGUCCUUCCAUCCGACCGGUCUCCUGCUCGCCUGCUCAGUUGUCCUUCCGUUCUCCCACUCCCACUCCUAUUCUUUUGCUCUCACUCUCCUGUCCUCCCACUCGUGCUCUCACUCUCACUCCCGUGUCCUGUCAUCCCACCACUGUCACGACACUCUCGUGCCCCCAUUGCACCCACCCCUCUCAGAGCUCAUUCAGUUGAGUCAUACCCCGGACUUCCGAGAGCGUACCUACCCACCCACCCGUCCGUCCACCCACUCGUCCAUCCACCCACCCAUACAUCCGUCCACCUGCCCGUUCAACGCACUAGACACCCAAGGGACCCCAGGCCCACCGCCCGACAACUAACCUAAAUUAACUGUAUACUGGCCACGGUCAACCGUCACGGUCCAUAUACAGCCUCGUCUCCUCGUACAUAUGUUCCAUACGUCACAUACGGUCACCCCUUUCUCCUCUCUCCCGUCUCUUCCCUCCCGUUUACUCUUUUCGCGAUCUCUCUCUAUCUCUCUCUCUGUCUGUCGGUAUGUUUAUUUCGUGGCCGUGGCCGUGGUCGUGGUGGUCGGAUUCGGAUUCGGACGGUUUGGUGUUAUGGUUUGUGGUGUUAUGGUGUUAUUCAUUGGGAGUAGUACGUUUUAGAUUUUGGUAUGUUUGGUGCUUGGUGUUUGGUGGGCUGGUGGGACGGGGAGGGGAUGGGGAUGGGGAUGGACGUACGGAGCUACAGUUAGUUGGGCUUGGGUUUGGGUUUGAGGGUGGUGGUGCAAGGCAGACAACGAGGAAGUAUUCAUGAAAGAAGUCGAAUGAUUAAAAAUAUAAUGGUCUUUUUU